AUGGAGGGUGAUAUUGAUAGAGACAAUCAACGGAGCACAAAAAAGGUCAAGACGAAACAGGAUGGAGAUGCAAACGAUACUACAAUGGAGGACAACCAUGGUGUUAAGAUGCAGGAUGCUGGACUCAAAAAAUCAUAUGCUGAGAGUCUACUCUCUUCGGAUGGAAACAAAUGCUUUGCUGACUAUACCCACCUUCUAAAAGAGAUGGAAGACUAUGAAGAUAAAUUCUUGGAGGAAGAAGAUUCUAUUGAAGACAUGGAAGGGGAUCUUGACCCAUGUCCAAAGAUCCAAAUCUCCCAAGAGGAGUUUGAGGAAUGGUGUGCCCCUUGGAAGAAUGCGUUGGUUAUCAAUGUUUUGGGCAGGCAUGUCUCUUUCAAAGCUUUAGAACACAAGAUUCAUCGUGAUUGGGCUAAGAAUGGUGCAGUACGAAUCAUUGAUAUGCCCAACGAUUACUUUCUGGUGCAAUUUAAGGAGGAGGAGGAUUAUAGACAUGCGCUCUAUGAGGGACCUUGGAAAAUUGCUGAUCAUUAUAUUGUUGUUCAGAGAUGGAGGCCUUUCUUCACUGUCACUGCAACUAAAGUGAGAAAGAUUGCUGCUUGGAUUCGUAUCCCCGGUUUGCCUAUCGAAUUGUAUCAUGACCGUUUCUUGUGGAGGGUAGGCAACAAAUUGGGAACCAUGCUCAAAAUUGAUAAGCUAACCUCCAUUCACUCACGAGGCAAGUUUGCACGAAUUUGCGUGGAGAUUAAUCUAAAUAAGAAGCUGGUGUCAAAGAUUGACAUCAUGGGUCAUGUUUUAAAACUGGAAUAUGAGGGACUUCACUCAAUAUGUUUUUCAUGUGGGAAGUAUGGACAUCGACAAAAUCAAUGUGCUGGGAAUACAAUGAAGACAACAGGAACAGUGGACAUGGAGAUGGACGCUCGAGCAGCUCCAGUUGCGAAAGGUACGCUGGUAACUACCGACUCUGGCCCAAAAUCGGAAGAGCUUUACGGACCAUGGAUGCUGGUGAAACAUGGAAGAAAAUCAGGAAAAAAUCUUGCUUCUAAAGCAAGAGCGGAUAUCUCACAAGGUGGUACAGAUAUGACCUCUUCCCAGAACAAUCACGUAGUAGAGAAUCUGCAUGUGCAGGAUAAGCAUAAUGGUGGGCCCAUGCAAAAAGUUUCGUUCCAGGAUAAGAUUCGCAAUCAAGAAGGAGGAAAGAAUCCUCAACGUCAACGUGGCAACACUUCCACUCAGAACCUCUCUGGGCAUAAAAAGAAACAUGUGAUGAUACAUCACCAUUCCAAUAUGCCUAGUAUGCCUGUUCACCAGGAAAUUACCCCUGUAAUUAAAGCCCUCUUCAUCAACACACCAUCAUUAUUCUUCCCCAAGGAUGGACCAACAGGAGAACACAAAGAAAGUUCUACAAGGGCUAAGAGAAAUAACUUCGACCACCUAUAA